UGUUCCAUCAAGAGAAUAACACUUCUUUGUCAAAUAUGCUCAGCAAUUUGAAAUUAAACGAGAAUGAUACCGAGAAUAAUAUGAAGACUGACGAUCUCCCGUGCAAACUGCCCCAAAUGGCCGAAGCUGGCAAUAGUGACGACGAAAAGACACCUAGCAGAGAUAGCAGCAGUGUUAUUUUUGUUGAUUCGGAUGAUUCGUUGAGCGCGGUCAGCUUCUUCCAUUUAUCCGAGAUUAAUAGCACUUCAUCAGAGGAUAACAUCCUCAUCGAAGAGACAGAACCUGAAGAGACAAUCAGCCGAAACAAUUCUAGUCUGGGCAACAUGGAUCAAAGAUCUUCAAGAAAACGUGGGACAUCUGGGGAAUCACACGCCAGUGGAUCGGUAGAAAAAUAUCAGUCGGUGGGUCGUGCCAGCACCCCUACUAAUCCGACAGUGGUAACCCGCAGUGGACGCGCCGUGCGCACUGUUCUGGAUACCACAUUUGAUUACUCCUCGUCGCAGCCGGAGGGGGAAGACGAGUCGAUUAGUUUUUCGAUCGACAGUGAUGAUGACGACGAUUAUACCGUGGACCAGAGCCUCACGGAGCAUAAAUGGAUGGGUCGCAAACAGAGGCGCUUCUCCUAUCAGCACAGCAGCAGCAGCGAAGCCAAUAGCCCUAAAAGCGAUCGACGUCUAAUAUAUAUUGAUCUGAGCCAGUCUGUGGGGAUUGUGGGGGACAACCCCGUAGCCGAUCUAUCGGUUGAUGAUGAUCCGGAGUUCAAGACGAAACUGCACAAGUUCCUGGGACUUAUUGCCCCGCGGCGACGCCUCUACAAUCCCAUGGACAACUUUGACGAUGACCCAGAUAACUCUUCCCAAAAGGAGACUCUUCCAGUGCCCUCCAAGAGUCAUCUAACUGAGACGACCACCUUAUCGACACCCAAACGCCUUUUUACGCCCAACACACCGACAGGCAGCAACACCUGGUCAAUGCUGAACAUAUCGAAGCUGUAUAUACCCACCCUUCAGGAGAGGCAAGCUAAGUUUUAUGACGAUCUGAUUGUCCAGGCGAAUUCCACCUUCAUUGAGACACAGACACCGGCUUUCCUCAAGGAGAAAAUCGAUCUGAGUGGACUGCCAAGCGAUAAACAGCGUGCGAGCAUUUGCCGGCGCCACAAUGGAAGCAUUGCCUGCCUAGAACAGCAUCCGCUCUUCUACGGAUUCGUCGAAUCCCUAAAUCCUCAGACUUCGAUCAAUAUGUGCCAUCCGCGGGCUUUGCCCUAUCGCAAAGGUGACUUUGAGAAGUGCAAAGUGGCUCUGGCCAAGGUCCUAUUUAGUAUGUUCAAUCAUGCCAUCUUUCACUGCGGCCUUCAGGCGAAAAUCUAUUGGAAAAACAGCAUGAGUACUCCCUGCAGCAGCGAGCUGGGUUUCAACUCUUCAGGCAACCGCACUGCACGUAUUCUGCUGUGGAAGCACAUCAAUCAACCGGGCAUGCUUAUAAAGCCACUGCUGCAUGAGAUGUGCCAUGUGGCGGCCUUUGUCUAUAACCGUGAGACAGGACAUGGCGACAACUGCCGCAAAUGGGCCUACCAAGCAAAGAGCCUGAUACCAGAGCUGGCAUUGAAUAGUGACUGCGAUGCCAGCUAUAAAUAUUCCUGCACGCUCUGCGCCCGUUGCUCCUAUGGCCUGGUAUCGUUUGAAAACGAGGCGGAGCUACUCCGGUGUCAUUACUGCCAGUUUGAGGUGAACGUAGAGCGUUGGCGCGUCACUGACACACAGAAAAUCUGGCGUGCCAAUCAGUUCAACACCCCAUUCAAGACUUUUGUUCGUGAGAAUUACCUGCUGGUCAAUAAUGUGGAUUCGCACAGCGCCAAGAUGAAAAUUCUAAAUCGAAAUUUUAUGGACAGAGAAACCACAUAAUUUAAUGAUUCCUUUCCUAUAGUUAAUCUUAGCUAGUUUCAAUGCUAAUUAUACACAUAUCAAUGGACGCCUUUGACUGAAGGUCCAAGUCGAGUCCUGUACAUUUUGAAUAUUCCAAGAAGUGCCCAAUCAAAUGUUAAAUACAAACUGUGCGUUCA